UUAUAAUGUAUGUCUGAGCCAUUAUAUUAUAGCAUUCAUCCAUCCAUUUUCUGAGCCACUUAUCCUCACGAGGGUCGCGGGUGUGCUCGAGCCAAUCCCAGCAGUUGUGCGGCAGGAGGCAGCUACACCUUGAACUGGUUGCCAGCCAAUCGCAGGGCACACGCAACUGGGGGCAAUUAAGAGUCUCCAAUUAAUAAAUGUUUUUAUGGGAUGUGGGAGGAAACGCGGAGGGCCCGGAGAAAACUCACGCAGGUACGGGGAGAACAUCCAAACUCCUCGCAGGCGAAGGCGGGAUUUGAACCCCGAGCCUCAGAACUUGGAGGCCAACCUCUACAGCUGCGCUACCGUACCGCCCCAUCAGAUGGCAGUGUGGGCUAAAUAAUGCAGUUGUAAUGCAAACAAGACUUUUUGGAAGAAGGAAUCACUAAAUGGAAGUGACCGUGAUGACAAAUUUGAGAUAAUUAUUAUAAUUAUUGGGUCAUUUAAACACACACAAUAAACUUGUCGCAUUUUAUCCUGUUUUGUGAGUACACAUUUACAAUAACACAAACUAGACGUUCAAAUGAGUAUUGAGAAAUGUUGAUUAGUUUUGCCAAGAAAUAAAUUAUUUAUUGGACAUCACAUGUUUUUGCAAACCGUACUCUUAAAAAAGUACACAUUGAACACGAUCUCUUGGCGUCGGAUACCCCACGGAGACGCUUCAUAUCGUUCAUAUCUUAUCAUAUCAAAACAUCUUUGCUUGUCAAUUAGCGAGCAGUAGCUCCAAGUGCCUAAUUAGCUUAUUAGCUAAUAGUUUUGCAGGACGCACGCGACGAGUGGCGACACAAAACAAUAAAGGAGGUGGCAUUAAUGCACAGCCAUGAGGUGAAACGUCAUUUCAUUGAUUACAUACGUUCGUAAUAAAGCUGAUCAUGAGCGUUAACACAGCUGGAAUAUGAAAACGACACACCGCAGCACGCUGUAGCAAGCCCAGAUGACGCGAUUCGUGGCGGCCAUGUUGGGAAGGUCAAUGUUCACUUCAACGGCAACGGAGGGAAUUAAGUCAUAACUUGCUCAUUUUUCGAUCGAUUUGCACGAGGUUUCCUUUCCUGAUAGUGUCAAAAGGUGAGCUGUUAUCACAUAUCGUUUUCCUAAAAUAACAACUCAAUGUUUUUUUCAGAAUUAAUUUUAUAGGGUAGGCUGGAGCCCACUCAAGAUAAAGACCGACUCGCCAUUGGCGCAACUUCAUUGCUCCCUCAUAAAUGCUGCUUGCUGGACUUUGGGCUAAAAUAGGUCACGUGGCUGGGUUGCCAUGCAACGACUAGAUGGGUUUGUAAACAGUCGCAGACAUGUCGUCCAGUUUUUCAGCGAACCAGUACGACGCUGCCUUCAAGCCCCAAAGGCUGCAGAACUGGUGUCAGGCGAGGCAAUUUACGAAGGCACCCCGAACUCUGAGGGGCAGCACCAAGUUUGUUGCAGAUAACAGAGGACAUCUGCUCCCUGGAAUGGGAAAGCAAGGCAGCGCUUGGCCGAACUUUAAAGGAACAUGGGAUCUACCUGCUCGUAUACCAGCGCAGAGGAUCAACCCCACGAGUCGCUCAGCGGAGGGUCUGGAAAGGCUCAAGGCCUGGGGCUUAGAUCCUCAACACAUAGGAAACUCUGAGCCGCAAAGAGGCAGGAGAAACGCUGACGCAUUGCAGAAUGCCACCAAGCAGAAGACGAGGGGUGUACAGCAAGAUGGUGGCAUCGCACCCUCCUCGCCUGCAUCGGCAUCAGACGCCCAGCCAGCGUCUCACAGCCGCCCCAUUUCUGCAGACCGCAGAACCGGCAGCGCGAGCCAGGACACGCAACCAUCUGAGGCAUCAUCUGUCAGGGUGCCUGCUGAGGAUGGAGAAAAUUCUGGCGGUACUGUGACGAGCAGCCCGCGAAGCCAGAGAACAACGUCAGCUUUGAAACUCGCGACAUGAGAAGGGGACCACGCAAGGCAUAAUAACUGGUCCUGUUUCAGAUCAAACUACUACAGAAAUGGAUUUUUUUAGAACUGUCUUUUCAAUGUCAUAACUCUGGUUUGUCAGUUUAAUAGCUCUCCAUUUAGAAUGCCUUUAAGAAUUAUUUAGUCAUCAAAUUUUGCAUUAUCAGGAAAAAAAACUGCGCAAUGUUUUGUAAGGCAAUUUUGUAACUGCUUUUUAAAUUUCCAAAUUAAACUUGACUUAAGGAGUCAAGAAA